AUUCUUCCAAAAAUAUAUAUAAAAAAAAACAAAAUUAACAUAUUUAAUUUUAAAAAACUAUAAAAGGGCCAUGGUUCUGGAGUGUUCUUGAGCCUCUAAACCAAAAUAGACUCUCCUGUGUUUACCCCCUUUCAUCCUCUUCCUCCCUCGUUCGACAUGUCGUUCUCCUCCCUCAAGAUGAACGAUCGUUCCGAGUCGUCGUUUUGCAAGUUUCGAUUUCUCUAAAUUCGUCGACAACACACCAAAAAGGAAAACAACGUUGGGUUUACUUUGAUUUUUAGGAAAUCAAUUAAUGGCUGGUAAGAAACAGAAAAACGACGAUCUGUAUGCCGUUUUGGGGUUGAAGAAGGAAUGCUCUGAAGCCGAACUUAAAAAUGCGUAUAAGAAAUUGGCUCUGAGAUGGCAUCCGGAUCGGUGUUCGGCUUCGGGAGAUUCGAAGUUCGUCGAAGAAGCUAAGAAGAAAUUUCAAACAAUCCAGCAAGCCUAUUCCGUUUUAUCGGACGCGAACAAACGACUGUUGUAUGACGUUGGAGUUUACGACAGUGAUGAUGAUGACGACGACGGUAUGGGAGACUUCUUGACUGAAAUGGUUGCCAUGAUGGAUCAAACUACGCCUAACGAAAAUGGAGAAGAAAGCUUCGAGAAAUUGCAGGAACUGUUCCAAGAAAUGUUCAACGACGACAUGGACGGUCUCGGACCAAACUCCCCCGCCAGCUAUUUCUCGUCCACGUCGUCAUCCUCUUCCUCCUCCUCGUCGUACUCCGGAUGUUCCACUUCCAGCAACAAGCGAAACUCGUCGGAUAUGAACAACUUCAACUCUUUUCAAGCUCAUCACGUGCACAACUUUUCCAUGGGGGUUAGCACUCUACAAUAUUAUAACUUUCAAGUUCGUGUUAGACAAAAAAAAAUUGUUUUUAUUAGACAGAAAAUCUAAAAUAUGUGAUUGGUUAAAAUUUCAGAGAGGAGGAGGAGGAGGAGAAGGGAGCAAGGGGAGGAAUUGGCGGAGGAAACGGUAGAAGGAAAAAAACAAAAGGGCAAAGGCAAAGAACAGAGGAGGGACGACGUGUCGUCUAUGGCACAGAGAAGACGACAAUGAGGGUGAGAUUGGCAUUAUUGUCGAUCAGAUUUUUCAGCGAAAAUGGUGCUGACGUAAUCAAUUGGAGGCUGCCAUUACUGAAAGGAAAUGGCAGAAACAUUCGUACGAUGAUUUCCCCUUUUUACCCUCAAACAAAUUAUAUUUCUUGUUUUAGGCUUAUAAAUUAUUGUUUAUUUAGAAAUUCGCUAUUUUUUAUUGUUAAAGUCAUAUCUAAUUUACUUUUUAUCAAUGCAUUUUCUCUUUUUCUUUGUGUA